AUGGAGACGGUUUAAUCUGUCGUGUAUCAAACUACGAUAAACUUUCUGUAUUACAUCAUUAAACAUAAUGGCAGUUGUCAUUUACCUUGGAUUCGAGUCAUUGUUUAAACUUAAAGUUGAAAUAAUUGAUUCAUUGACAAACAUAUUAAUUAAUAGACAAAACGAUGGCUCGCCUUUGUGCGAUACUACACCUUUGUCGUCCCAGGUUAAUAUUUACUGCAAUAAUAUGACUACGCAAAUAUUAAUAGUCUUUCCAAGCUCAUGUUUACACACUGCUUCUUCCCGGUACUCUACCCACAAGCCCCUCUUCCAAUCUGUCCCCUUACUGAAUUUUGGAAAAUAGAAUGUUGUAUGUAUUGGUUUGUGCGGGAAAUGCCCAAUGUAAAGCUUCCAUAAACACUCUCGCAGGGGGGGUAAGAGUGGUUCAGACCG